AUGCAAAGUCUCGAGUGGCGCGAUUUGAACGUGUCUUCCAGGCUCCUUCGGCCGAGCCUCUUGCUGACCACCGGUCAGUCGUUUAGUUGGCAUUCCGUCGGAGAUAAUCACUGGGUUGGGGUCUUGGGGAAUAGCGUCUAUGAGAUUAAGGAAAACAAGGACACCACCCUCUACAGAUGCAUUCACGGCGAGGCGAAUGAGGAUAGCUUGUGCGACUAUUUCGACUUGAAACAUGAAUACGCGGUUGACAUGAACAAAAUCUCCAAGGAUGUGCAAAAGAUUUUCCAAGAGCGCCAGGGUGUAAGGAUACUGCAACAGGAGCCUCUAGAGUGUCUAAUCUCCUUUAUAUGCUCCUCAAACAACAACAUUAGCCGAAUUACACGAAUGGUUGGUGAUUUAAAGAGGGAAUAUGGAACGUUUUUGGCCAGUAAACAUUACAAGGAUAAGAAGAUGUCCUUUUAUUCCUUCCCCUCUAUCGCUCAAUUAAAGAGCGUUGACACUGAAACUUUGAGAAAGAUGGGCUUUGGAUACAGAGCUGGUUUUAUAGUAAAGACUGUCGAUAUUUUAAAGUCCCGUGGACUUGACUGGUUGUAUGAUUUGAGAUUGCGUGAUUGUGUCACGUCUAGAAAUGAGCUCAUGUCACUUCCGGGCGUUGGAAGAAAGGUGGCGGAUUGUGUGUUGCUAUUUGGACUUGGCAAGAGAGAGGUGGUUCCAGUUGAUGUUCAUAUCCGUAACAUUUCCCAGAGGCUCUUUGGGAUAAAAUCCGGCAGGACCCUUACGGAUGCACAGUGUGAAGUUAUAACAGACACAUUUAAAAACUUCGCUGGAACUGAUGCCGGGUGGGCACAGGCAGUUUUAUUCAUUGAUAGUGUAGCCAAGUAA